AUGGAAUAUCGCAGAUUCAGCACAUUGGACAGCGCCGGAGUUUUCCUAUGCUUCAUGGGCUUACUCUCUCGGGUCUGGGUGCUGGCGGAGCAAGAAGUUGAGAACCUGUCGGGGCUGUCCAACAAUCCAGACAAGGAUAUAUUUGUAGUCCGCGAAAACGGAACUACCUGCUUGAUGGCAGAAUUUGCGGUCAAGUUUGUGAUCCCAUACGACGUUCUCGCCUUAAAUGGGAUAGACCUAAUUACGGAGCAGGCAUCGCUUGCGCUUCCUCGCGGAGCAGAGAUUGAGGGCAAAUGUGGGAGCACCGAAGCCGACCUGCAGAUUUCGUGGAUAAAUAACGCCUACGUUUUCCGCAUAUUCUUCUCAAAGGAGGUGCGCAGCUCCAAGAGCGAUGGGAAAGUAAAAGAGACAGUCGUGUGGAAGAUAAGCAAGGUUCAGUUGGUUUAUGACACAUCUGAGUCGACACAUUUCAUCAAUGCAUAUAACCCGGGGAAACACACAGCAAGCACACACCAUCUCUCUGCCUUGGUGACUCCAGAGGGCCGAUCGUAUGAGUGUACAGCUCAACAGACUCUAACUCUCAUCUCCAGCGACCAUCAGAAGGGAGUCACUGUCUCCUUGUCCGACAUCCAGAUCCAGCCAUUUGACAUUAAGAGUGACUUCGUAUUCAGUGAAACCUAUAAAUGCAUCACGGAUCAGAGAGAACAGCUGGAAGAGACUCUUCCUCUGGUACUGGGGCUGAUCCUGGGUCUCAUCAUCGUCAUUACCCUCACUGUCUACCACUUCCACCUGAAGCUGACUGCAACGCAGCCACAGCUGCCCAGAGACCGCUCCCUCUACAAAAACAUGUAA